CAGCCCCGCCCCUCCCAGCCCGGGCUGCACACCCGUGCGGAACUUCCACUCCACACCCAGGCUCCGCGCGAGCGCCGGUGCAGUCCCGGGGAUUCCUGGGUAGCAGUUCCAAGCCCGGGCGGUGGCCCAGCAAACCCGGGAGGAGGCUCGGCCCCAGCGGCGACCCGGAGGAACCCAGGAUGGUGUGGCCGCCGCCGCUGCUGCUGUCGCUGCUGUGCCUGCUCUGGGCGCCCACGAGAGCAGGGACCGGGACGGUUGAUGUGCAGGCGCCCGCGCAGGUGCGCGGCUUCCUGGGCGACACGGUGGAGCUGCUGUGCAAACUGCCGCCCCUGGAGCACAAAGUGCAGGUGACGCAGGCCACGUGGACGCGGCGGACGGCGGCGGGGGACGACCUCAACGUGGCGGUCUUCCACCCCACACAGGGCUCCAGCUUCCCCGAGCCCGGGCGGCUGGAGUUUGUGGCCGCCAGGCCGGGCGAGGAGCUGCGGGACGCGUCGCUGGCCCUGCGAGGGUUGCGCGCCGAGGACGAGGCCAAUUACACCUGCCGGUUCGCCAUGUUCCCCGACGGCAGCAAGAGCGCGCGCACCUGGCUCCGCGUGCUGGCCCGGCCGGAGAACGCGGCUGAGACGGAGGAGGUCCCGCCCGGCCCGCUCAGCCUGGAGCCUGUGCCCGUGGCCCGCUGCGUCUCCCGGGGGGGCCGCCCGCCCGCCCGGAUCUCCUGGUCAUACCCGGACGGGAAGGCCAAUGACAGCCUGGUGCCAGGACACCUGCCUGGCACGUUCGACGUCAUCAGCCUCUUAACCUUAACACCCUCCAGCCAGGCAGAUGGCCAGAACGUCACCUGCAAAGUGGAGCAUGAGAGCUUCAAGGAGGCCGUCCUGCUGUCUGUGACUCUCGCUGUGCCUUACCCCCCUGAGGUCUCCAUUUCGGGCUAUGAUGACAACUGGUACCUCGGCCGCAGCGAGGCCACCCUGAACUGUGAUGUCCGCAGCAAACCAGAGCCCACAGGCUACGACUGGAGCACGACCAGGGGUCCCCUGCCACCCUCCGCUGAGGCCCAGGGCUCGCACCUCCUGAUCCGUACCGUGGACAAGUCAAUCAACACGACUUUCAUCUGCCACGUCACCAACGCCCUAGGGACUGGCCAGGCAGAAAUGACCGUCCUGGUCAGAGCAGAACCUCACGAGGAAGAGACACAACCAGUCCUGUCCAUCCCCAUCAUCGUGGUGAUCGUGGUGACCGUGUUCUUAGUGGCCCUGUUGCUGAUUUAUUUCUGCUGGUUCAGACGCUCCCGUCGGACCCCAAACAGCUCCUCUGCCAAUGGCUGUAUCUCUUACACGGCGGUGGACCUUAAUGCCAGCUCUUCCCAGGACCCGCCCGCGGAGAACACCAGGUGACUGCGUGGGGACUGCUGGAGAGAGAGACUGGGGCCACCCUGCCCAGUGGAGGAAGGCUCCCUCCAAAGAGAAUGGCCACCUCCCUUGUGCCAGGCCGACCUCAAGAAUGACCCCUGUGCCUCACCGUGCCGCAGCCGGUGCACGUUCGGGUGUUCCCCACAACCACUCUCUGGUUCAGGCAUUCACUGGAAGGACUCGCGGAGCCCAAGAACAUGGUUACGCUCACGCUUCGGGUGAUCACAGUGAGAGCAUGAGACUCAGGUCAGCAGCGUGGAUGCAGAGCCCCUGGGGGGCACCGGGCUGGACCGACCAGGCACCAGGUCCCAGUCGUCCCGCACGGGCAGCCCCGAUUUCUCCCAGCCGUGACGUGUGACGGCACAACAGAGUCCCGCCAUCCUCCCUGGACCUUGGGCUGCCAGAGUUUUGGUUGCAGUAUUUAUUCCGGGGCUCCGUCGUGGUAGGGACGGCUGACCGCCCACGGAGCUGACCGUCCUCUCCAGCACCUCUGUAGCUCAAAGCCCCACUGUGUUACUAUUCUUAAUUAUUUAUUAUUAUUAUUAUUAUUAUUAUUAUUAAUUUACAUCCAAGUAAGUUAA